GAAGAUUUCUUAUCUGGGAUCUCUCUCUUUCUCUCUAAAAAACAAACACAGAACUCACUCUCUCUCUACAAAUUUUAAUUAAAAAUAAUUUUAACUCUUUUUGUGUUAAGAGAGAAAGAGAGAGAGAGAGAGAGAGUGGCCCAGCAGAUCAAAAUCUCCUCCUAGAUGACGAUCUAAGCUUUUUCAAUGGUGUUGAGAAAAUACCCACUUUCUUGUUUAUUGUAUAAUUAUUGUUUUUUCAGCUUUAUCUUGGGUUGAUAGUGUUCACUUUGGACUCAAUUUGUUUUACAUCAUGUUGAGUUUCUCCUCAAUUCAUUGAAUCUAUGGUGGAUUCUUCAAGGAGGGGUGAUUAGAGGAUGUGGGUCUGAGGAAUGGGAACAAAAGUCCAGUGUAAAAGCUAUUUGCCAGGAUAUUACCCAAUGAGGGAUCUUAAUCAGGAAUCUAACAGUUGUAGCUGGCCAUCUUAUUAUGGAGAUAAAACGUUGACAAAUGGGCAGUAUUACAGUGGUUUCUUGCCUAGGGCUGCUGCAGAGGCAUAUUCUGGGUAUGAAAAAAAUUUAGUUAGGCAGACAAUGCUUCAGCACGAGGCCGUUUUCAAGAAACAGGUGUUUGAACUUCAUCGGUUAUACCAAAUACAAAGGGACUUGAUGGAUGAAGUAAAAAGGAAAGAACAACAUAAGCAUCGGAUACCUGUCGAGACAUCAUAUUCGGCGAGCCCCUUGACCUCGCAAAUUACAUCUGAAGAUGCUCGGAAAUGGCAUAUCCCCAGCUUCCCUUUAGCGAACUCUGUUGUUGCAAGACCAUCAAUUUCAGGUGUUGAAGACAUUCAUUCUCCUUUAAGUUCCAUGAAAGGAAGCUGUACACAAGCUGUUCCCUUACCUUUCCAAAAUGGUGGUAGUUCAAAGGAUGUUGAGCUUCUGGAGUCCAGACCCACGAAGGUCAGGAGAAAGAUGAUUGAUCUUCAACUUCCAGCUGAUGAAUACAUCGACACUGAAGAUGGGGAACAGUUCAGGGAUGAAACAAUAUCUGGCUCUUCGAGUUAUCUUCCCAAUGGAAAUCAUAAAAUCACAUCUAAUAGUGGUGUCAAGCUGUUUGCUGGUGAUGGGGAGAAGUCUGGUUGCCAGCAAAAUGCUUCAAGAUCUGAUUCAUAUUUAAGAAGCACAAACAGUUUAGCUGACUUAAAUGAGCCUAUUCCAGUUGAAGAGACAAAUACUUCUGCUUAUUUUGAUCUUCUGAGCCAUGCCUCCUGUAAUGGGGAAAUUAAAGGUCAUGAACUGUCUACUAAAACAAUGCCACAGCUUCAAGGUUUGCCUAAGGAUUUUUCUCUGAACUCCCAUCAUGUAAGCAAUAAUGGGACCCCAAACAACAGAUAUAUAGAGAUUGAAAAUGGUAGAAGCUGGUUUUCUAAUGUGAUAGAAACAGGGCCCACUAAAAGUAACCUGAUGUCUGUUUCUCAAGGUCUUCAAUAUGAGAAGUCAUCUAUAUCUUCCCAGUCAACACAGGGUCUACUUAACAAAGCUCAUGAACCUCCUGUUUUUUUGCUAACUGAUCAAACCAAGGUGGAUCCAUGGAGAGAGAGGACAAUUCGUGGUUUUGAAAUUUCUGAAAGAAACCAUUCCAACAAUAACCAUCCCGAAUCUGGUGUAGCUUCUAAUAUACCCAGUUCCUAUUCAGUUGCUUCAUCUUCUGAUUUGUUCAACUCUUGGCCUCACUCAGUUUCAGCUUGGGAAAAGCCUUGUGGUAGCUUAAACCAGAAGUCAAUGUCAGUCCAGACACACCCAUAUUUGAAUUCAUCUGGUACCUUGAGUAGGAGUCCUCAGACUGCUGCUCAGACAUAUGGGAUUUUUGGAGACAGGUGGAAUCUUAACAGCAAUCCAAGACCAAACUCAAGUGUUGAAGGUGAAUUGCCUAACCGGAAUGGUUUUUACUAUGGGUCCUCAUCAGGAUCCAAGGAACAUAUGGUUCUAGCCCCUUCAGUCAGUUAUAAUCAUCUGAACUAUGGCCAUGAAAAUAAUGUUGCCUCUGAGCGUGUCAUCAACCAUGGUUCUGCAAAGUUCUACAAAGGUUCAAGUAGCGUGGAUAUGAAGUCUGCACAAGAUGGUAACUUGAAUGUGGUGCUUUCUAACAGCUCACAAGAGGCAGUUCCCCGCCAAAGCCUUGAAUUGAAAGAUGGAGGAAGGAAGAAUGAGGACUAUCUUGCCGUGCUGCCUUGGUUAAGAGCUAAGUCCUCUUGUAAGCAUGAGGCGACCGGUUCUGAGAGGGAUUUGAAUGUUGGGGACUUGAGUUUUUUGCGGCCUUCUUUGAAUCAGUCAGUGAAUAAAAAUGAACCUGGAAAUAACCAAAUAUUUACUCAGAAUUUGAAGUCAGGUUCAGAUUCCAAUAAUAUUGAGGCCAGUAGGGUUGAAAGAAGUGAAUUCUUGAGUGAUAGGAAAAUUCUUGGGUUUCCCCUUUUUGAAAAGUCUCAUACUUCUAAGAAUGAUUCUUCAUCUCUCACCUCCCCUUCUGUGUGCAUCCCUCCUCCAUCUGUAGUUGAAGUGGAAAAUAAUAGGAAAAAUAGAGUGCUUGAUAUUAACUUGCCUUGUGAUACUGCUGUUGCUGACUUGAGCCAAGAGAUUGCUGAUGAUGAACUGGUCAUAGAGAAGAAACCAGAAGCGAAGGUUGCCAGUUUCAGACAUCACAUUGAUCUGAACUCAUGUGUGAGUGAGGAUGAAGCUUCAUUGAUGCCAACUGUUCUGAGCACUGCUGUGAAGACUGGAGGGAUUGAUUUGGAAGCCCCAAUAGAUCUUGAGACUGAGGACGAUGUCAUGCAUGGAGCAGAAAAUCCACAAAAGUCACAGGAAGCACCUGUAGAAUUUCUGCAACCAAAAACUGAACUGUUGCAGGAUGAACUUGUCAGAGGAGCGGCUGAGGCAAUAGUUUCCAUCUCAUCAUCUGGUCCUUAUGAUCAUUUGGAUGAUGCCACUUGUAAUUCAUCUGAAGCUUCUGUGAAGGACCCUCUUAAUUGGUUUGUGGAGAUACUUGAGAUAGUUUCAUCUUGUGUAGAUGAUCUUGAAAGCAAGUUGGAUGCUGUUUGGAGAGGCAGAGAUGGCGAGACUAAUGAGGAAUCGUUAUCGGAAGAAAUUGAUUACUUUGAGUCCAUGACAUUGAAAUUGACAGAGACAAAGGAAGAAGAUUACAUGCCCAAGCCCCUGGUUCCAGAAGACUUCAAAGUGGAAGAAGCAGGAACCACCUUAUUACCAAAUCGGACUCGAAAGGGCCAGGCAAGAAGAGGGAGGCAGCGGAGGGACUUCCAAAGGGACAUCCUUCCAGGCCUUGCUUCUUUAUCAAGGCAUGAGGUGACAGAAGACCUUCAGACAUUUGGAGGACUGAUGAGAGCAACUGGUCACACGUGGCACUCAGGAUUGACAAGAAGGAACUCCACUAGAAGUGGGUGUGCAAGGGGGAGGCGGCGGUCUGUAGUAAGUCCCUCUCCUGUUGUGAUAGCUGGCACUUGCACUCCAUUGAUGCCACAACUUACUAAUAUUGAAGUGGGACUGGACGAUAGAAGCCUAACAGGGUGGGGGAAAACAACUAGACGACCUCGCCGGCAAAGAUGCCCUGCAGGUAAUCUGCCUCUCCCGAUGGCGUAAUAUGGGAAGUUGGCUUUUGUUUUAGUAGUUGAGCAUUUUAUAGAGGGAAGUAGGGAGUUGUUUCUAUGGGUUUUGGGGAGUGAGGUUAUUGUGAGGCAUGGGGAUUGUCUUUGUACAUUUCAUAGCCCAUAAUUUGGGUUCCCUUAAUUAUCUUGUCUUUGGAUGGUUACCAACUUUGUAUUAUUCAUAAAUAAUGUUGCAUGAUUUCUUCAGGGAUAUAUACCAACUUUGUUUUUUUAGGAAUGAUCUCUGAUUUAGAAGUAAUUUGUUCAUA